AUUCUCAUUCAAACCCAAUUCUCUUACACAACGAUAACACACAAACACACUCUUCCAUUCUCAUCACUUCCACAGAAAAAACCCUAAAAUCCAUUCACAAUCUCCAAACCAAACCCUACCAACAAUGACUUCCCAAGUAGCUCUCCACACAUUCUCUCAACCAGACACCAAAACCUCCACCGCCGUAACCGCCACAGAUUCCGAUCCCAAUCACCAUCUCUCCACCGUUCGCAGAACUUCCACCACCGCCUCACGAUCCACCAAAGACCGUCACACUAAGGUUAACGGCCGUGGCCGCCGUGUCCGUAUGCCGCCUCUUUGCGCCGCUAGGAUAUUCCAGCUUACACGCGAACUCGGCCACCGCUCCGACGGUGAAACCAUCGAGUGGCUCCUCCGACACGCUGAGCCGUCUAUUAUCGCUGCCACUGGGACUGGCACUGUUCCCGCUGAUCCUGUCUCGACUGUCUCACCGGUUUCGCCCUCGACUGUGCAGUCUGUGUCGUGCAAUGUUCAUCCGGUGUCUUCGGUUGGUCACGGUAGUCAAGGCGUGUUUGCUGCGGUACAGCCGCCGAGCUGCCGGCUUGACCUCUGUCAGCCUACUGGAAUGGACUACGCGGCGGCGGAGAAUAGAUACCGGCAUAUGCCGUUCACGGCGUUGUUGUUGCAACUGACUACGGAGGAGAAUCAGCAAGAGGAAGCGCUGAGUGAACAAUGACAUUGUUGUGAAAAGUGUUGAGUACGGUGUUAUGUAUGUUUGUGAAAUAGAAUAAUUGAAAUUUGAAGAUUUCUUUUUUAUUAUUUUUAUAAAUAAUUAAGGUUAGUUUUAGAGUGUGGUUGAAUCAACAGAUGUGUGUUAACCUGUUUGGUUACAACAUACAACCAUAAUAAUAAUUAACAACAAGAACGACAACACCAUUUUGUUGUUAUUCAAUUUAUCGGGUCGGAAUACAAUUGUGUUGUUAUUUAAUUUAUCGGGUUCGGAAUAGAAUAAUGUGAAUGAUUAGAAUUUGAAAGCAUGUGAAUUAUUAGUAGGAUGGAUUGAUGAAGUUUUAUGAUAAUGGCUGCAGUUCCCUUGUGG